AUGUGUUUCAGUUAUUUCCGCCAACCUCAAUUGGUAAUCGUGUAUCCUAAUAAUCCCAUUCGCAUUGAUUUCGACAUAAUCUAUCAGUGCAUAAUACCCAUUGAAUUCAAAUUGAAAGUUGCAUACUUCAAAUACAAACGAAAUAAAGACCGUCAGAUAAAGAAUAGGAUAAUAUAUUGUAAUGGUGUUGGAAUAAGACGGCUGCCUUUACGUAUCCGUAAUAAGGAAUUUCACUUGAUGUUAUACUGUUGUUUGUUUCCUAUGUGCACACAGGUUUUACUAGUUGGAGACGAUUCCAUUUGUGGGGUAAAUGAGUGUCUAAAACAUUUGGAAAGUGAUGAUGAAUGCCACGGUAUCUGCCAAGAGGAAGAAGAUGGCAAUUUUGAUGACAAUUUUGAUGAAACCAUUGACAGAAUUCUUGACAACAUCGUAUCCAGUAACUUGUAUUUGAACAAGGUUGGUAACGGUUACACAUUGGUAAAAGGUAAUAAAGACGUUGACGAAGCUGUCCAGACACCACUUAAAUUAAAUGUUGAGAAAGUUAGUGAGAUUAAACUCCGAAGUGGCGAAUGCCAUCCCGAUGCCAAGGAAGAUACUGAAUCCACUAAUGGUGAUUACGUAUAUGUCGGAAGUGAAGAAGAGUUAGCUGGCACCAAUGGAAAGGAAUUAGCAGGUAUGACUGUUGAUGUUCCAGCUCGUGAAGGUGAAAAACGUGCUGAUAGCAUUGUCCAAAAUGAAAGAAAGAGUAAUAAACCACAGGAAGCCAAAGUAGUUGGCAUUGUUGAAGAUCGAGAUAUUGUAGGCUCAGAAGGCCGAGAAUGGAACCAUGUGUUGAGAUCAGAGCACGAAAGCUCUGAUGAGGAAACCAUGAACUUUAUUGAACAAAUGAUGGCUAAUCGAGAAACCAAAACGAAGAAGAAGAAAAAGACAAAGAAAUAUUACUACUUCAAAAAUAAAGAGCAAGUGAAAUGA